AGCACUUACCGUACGUAUGCAGUACGUGACGGCUGUCGAGAACUACGCCUCAGGAAAGGCGCCGUCAUAGUAAGCCCGAAACUGCGGGCAAAAGUCUUUGAAAGUGUGCGAGUUCGAAUUCUCUGCCGCGUCUGAAGCUGGCGCCGUGUGAGACUCAUCAGAUAUGGUAGAGGUGUAACACAAAUCUGGGGUACAAGGAGAGGUCAGGUAUGCGAAAUAGAAGCCCUACAUUUGGCUAAUAGUCGUCAAGAAGCAACGAGAAAAUAGACCUAAUUCGCUCCCGGAAAAGAAGGCUGGGUUGCAUUCACGGUCGCGGGUUUUGGGUUUUAGUUUGAACGCAAAAGAUGCGGUCAAUUCACAAACGAAACGCCUCGUGAUCAAGAAAUUCACUCGCCCGUCCACUUGGUUUUGAAGCUGCAGCUUGUGCACAGUACAGCGUCGGAGUUGGCUGUCGUUACAUGCGUGAUCUGUUCAGCAGUGCUCGCGCUUACUUUGCUCGACGCCUCUGAAAGACAUGGCCUCCGAUAGCGGACUCGAGUCACUGAUUGAUCAAACCAUAUCCGUAAUCACCAACGACGGUCGCAACAUUGUGGGUGUUCUCAGGGGUUUCGAUCAGGCCACCAAUCUCAUACUCGACGAGUCUCAUGAACGCGUUUAUUCUACGAAGGCUGGAGUGGAGCAGUUGGUGCUUGGACUUUAUAUAAUCCGUGGAGAUAACAUUGGAGUUGUUGGAGAGCUAGAUGAAGAGUUGGACUCGAAUCUUGAUUUAAGUUCCCUUCGUGCCCAUCCUUUGAAACCUGUAGUGCAUUGAUGUCAAAGUUCUGCUCGACAUGGCGAGCUCCUGUCUUCGAAAAUUUUACCCACCGUUGGGAGGCAGCGAAUGGUACCAGAACCUGCAACGCUCUUACAACUUUCAGCUCUGGCUCUUGCGUCUGGCCUUGGCCAACUAACACCAACGUGAGCACACAAUCAGUCAGGAGGAUAUUGUAACCUAUUGCAGGUUUGAGAUAUGAACCUCAAUAGUACAUCGGAAUAUCGGAAGAUUACGGGGUGUCAAACACUUCUGAAUUGUAGAAGCUGGGCAACACUUGCGAAUAGAUAGAUGUAUGCUCGAGGAUGUAGCUGUUGGAAUCCACUCUUGAAUCGUAUCUCUACGUCCGAGAGUGGGCUGCAAGCAAAGCUGUACGGAUUUAAUUUUUGGUCGGGAAAGAAUGCUAAACACAGCAGGAAGGAAAUGACCACAACUAGGCCCGCCUUGGAAGCAUAUAGUUGCUGAACACGAGUUCAUAAUGUAUAUUAAUCUCAUUUCUAUAGCCCAACACUAGUUAGAACCUAUGAAACAACAGCUAUCAGUCGACUCAUGUAUCAGUAGUAGAAACCAGAGUCACCGGAAAUUGUACUCGCCGAACCUAUUUUGUUUCUAGAAUUAGUCAGUGGUUGAGAUGAUACCUGAAGCCAGUUAUGAUGUAACAACGCUAGAGCGUUGUUACUUAUUCGGGUGAAGUUUCUUUCUGUCGGUUUGAAUUCUAUAGACAUGGAGGUCCAUGCAUGAAUUGACUUUGACGUGAAUUUUUGUUCCUGCUGGACACAGUUCCAGCUUUUUUAG